UUGCAGGAAGAGCCAAGGAGCAAAUCCAAGAUCUGUGCCAAUGUUUUCUGCGGAGCUGGGCGGGAGUGUGCAGUGACUGAGAAGGGAGAGCCAACCUGCCUCUGCAUUGAGCAAUGCAAACCUCACAAGAGGCCUGUGUGCGGUAGCAAUGGCAAGACGUACCUAAACCACUGUGAGUUGCACCGUGAUGCCUGCCUCACUGGCUCCAAGAUCCAGGUGGAUUACGAUGGCCACUGUAAAGAGAAGAAGUCUGAGAAUCCAGCUGCAAGUCCAGUCGUCUGCUACCAGUCAGACAGGGACGAGCUUCGUCGCCGUGUCAUCCAGUGGCUGGAAGCUGAGAUUAUCCCAGACGGCUGGUUUUCCAAGGGCAGCAACUACAGCGAAGUCUUGGACAAGUAUUUUAAGAGCUUUGACGAUGGCGAUUCUCGCUUGGACUCCACUGAAUUCCUGAAGUUUGUGGAGCAGAAUGAGACUGCUGUCAACAUCACCACCUACAUGGACCAGGAGACUAACAAGCUGCUCAGGGGACUCUGCGUAGAUGCCCUCAUCGAGCUGUCAGAUGAAAAUGCUGACUGGAAGCUCAGCUUCAAUGAAUUUCUCAAGUGCCUCAGCCCAUCCUUCAACCCACCAGAGAAAAAGUGUGCUCUGGAAGAUGAAACCUAUGAGGAUGGAGCAGAGACCCAGGUGGAGUGCAACCGCUGCGUCUGUGCCUGUGGGAACUGGGUGUGCACCGCAAUGACAUGCGAGGGAAAGAAUGAGAAGGUGCCUGCUCAGAGGCAGCGACCUAAUCAAGACUUGACUGAGGAGGAACUGGCUAGAUAUGUUCAGGAACUGCAGAAGCAUCAGGAGACGGCCGAGAAGACCAAGAGAAUGAGCACCAAGGAGAUGUAAGGGGCCUCCACACCGGAGGAGCCCAGGAGGAUGGGCCCAACCUGCCACCCUGUCCUCCAGUGCUGAUCUCAGUAUGCACAAUUGCCCAGUCACAGAUAUUUACAUUGUAUAGCGAUGGGUUAUUUGUUUUGUAAUACACAGAGAAUGGGGCCAGGAAAGGGGAGCAGAGCCUACCUGUUCAGGGAGCUUCAUAUUGCUGGGGCCUUGGAAGGCUGGGAGGGACUUACAGCAGCUGCUGGGACCCUUUCCCAGAGCAGAUGGCUGCUCCCUCCAAGAGGUAACAGGGAUUUCCUGUUUCCCUGGAUCUGGGGAAAGGACGGAGGCCAGUGCUGGAUGGAAAAGGGGGUCUUCAAUCGAUAAAAUUGUCAGCACCAGC